AUGCCGAAAGGCAAGAAGAAGACGAAAAAGAAAGAGGAGUCCGUCGGCGAUCUCGAUGACGUCGUGGCUGCCGCUCAAUCUGGAACUUCUCUAUCUGGAAUUGUAGACGACGCACGCGUCAAGGCGCUCGUGAAGGCCGCGGCGAAAGGCCGGGCUAAGGACGUGGAAGCGUUGUAUAUAGUCGCCACGCGGUUGAACCGCGACAGCGAAGCGCGAUUUGCCGACGGCGACGAAACACUCUCGAAAAAACACUUCGACCAUGCUGUAGACUUGUUCCAAGCUGCGCAAUCGUUCGGACACCUCGGCGCCAUCGUCGAGCUGGGAAAAUUGGAGAUGGGAAGAGGCGACAACGCGAGUGCGGUCCGUUGCUUCGAGUUCGCCGCCGCGAAGGGCAGCGCCGCCGCGAUGCACGCGCUCGGCUCGCUCGCGCUCCGUGAUGACACCGGCAGCUGCCGCCCUCAAAUUGGCGAAGAGUUCACUGACCCGGGACGGGAAUAUAUUGCGAUGGGGUGGUACCGUCGCGCCGCCGACGCGGGGUAUGUAAAGUCUAUGACCGCUAUCGCCGGGAUUUACGUAGAUUUGUUUGAGGGUGAUGAGGGUGCCAGCUCGGCAGAUAAAACGGAAUUCAUAGCAUCGGCGGUGCACUUCUACGAGAAAGCCGCAGAGUUGGGCGACGCCAAGGCGCAGUAUAACCUUGGCAUGAUGAUCGACAAAGGUCUAGUCGAAGGGGCGGAUACGGGGAAGGCGCGGCAGCUCAUAGGGAAAGCCGCGGAAGCCGGACAUACACCGGCGCAGUAUUUCAUGGGGAUGUCUGGUGGACCGGAGCGCGAGCAGCAAAUAACCAGUGCUCAAGCGACGGACGACAGCCAAGCCCAGGUGAUGGCCAUGCUGAUCGAUAGAUUCGGACGGACGCCAGAGGAACGCACCGCAAUCUCUCUCUCGCGGGAGCAAGUGGAAUUCAUGGACGAUCCACGGGUUAAAGCCCACGUUGAUGCCCUCGUGAACGCAGGCAACAAGGACGCCGAAGGAGCUACGGUCUUGGUGGACCACCGCGGCAAGGUCUGGCCGGGGGGCUUCCACACGAGUGCGGAGCGCAUCAGCAACUUACUCCGGGCGCUGGGCUUCGCCUUACCGCGAGUGUACCGCGCGAGUGAAUCUGAAGGGGUGUCCACGCGAGCGAACGACUCGAACACGGCGGAGAUUCUCACCGAGUACGUUGGACGGAUGACGAGACUUCACCAACUCCUGACCGUGCAACACGCGGAGUUAAAGCGUUACGAACAGGAAGGAGUCGAAUACCAGAAGAAGUCGUUCGAAUGGUUUUCGAAAGCAGCGGCUAUGCAUAUGAGAGUUUUUGAGGACGAAGACGACACCGUGCAGUGCGCGUCGCUCGACAACGCCGAAUUUCAGCGUUCUAGUGAUUAUUCGGCGUUACUCGCGAUGAGAGAACUCGUGUGCUGUUAUGCGCAUGGUCGCGGGACGGCGCCUGAUGCGAAGAAGCGCUUCGAUCUCGAUCUCAAGCUCGCGGAGAACGGCAGCAUCGAAGCGAUGGUAAACGUCGCGCAUGCGUACCUCACGGGACUCGCGGACCUCGUUUCAGGGUUCACUGUUCCGCCUGGGUUUCCGCAACCGGACCCACGCGACUACGGAUGGGCGCCCAUGGACGUUGCUGCGGGCGAGUAUUGGCUAAUGAGAGCGUUUCGUGCUGUGGAACCCUCGGUAACGUCUGGGACUAAUUCAAAGUCUGAUAACAAUUUGGACCGGGAUCUUUUCGCCGGCUCAGACCUCUACGAUGAGAAAAGAAGCAAGAAAAUCUUGGACGCUGCUGUCAAUGGGCACAAAUCUUUGAUAAAUAGAAGAAAGAAGUUUAUAAGGGAAGUUUGCGAGCGGUCCGGGCUUGAGUUGAGCUCUGAGGACCUCAACACUUUUAUCGGACACGCUCCAGAGCAAGCCAGGCACCGAGCCGUUGACGAACCGAAUCCGUACCGGCCGCGAUGCUGUUUCGAGCAAAUCGCGCAUUGCUUUGAAUUCGGGAAGCACGGACUCCCGAGGAAUCUCCGCCUCGCGAAGGACAUGUACAAAGUCGCGCGCGUGUGGCAAGAUCACCUCGGGUACCGCAGCGACACGGCGGCGAAUCGUCUCGAUUUCUUUCGCUCGUGCGCGGUCUGCUCUAAGCGUUACUGUGAGCUCGGAUGCAAGCUAUGCCGCGGCGUCAGAUAUUGCAGUAAGGAGUGUCAACUUAGACACUGGUACCGCGACCUCAGCGGGAGGCCUUCGCAUCGAAGCGAGUGCCCGCGCGUCGUGACGAUGAUGCCGCGGGACGUGUGGCAGUUCUUGAUAGACGUGGGAAUUGCGGACGAGGGCGACGAAGAAAGGUACUACGCGGACGCGGACGCUCGAGCGGAAAGAAAGAAGAAGAUGAAGGAGGAGCAGAAGAAGUUGGCGGAGGCGGCAGAGGAGGAGAAGAAAAAGAAGGCGCAGGCGGCGAAAGGUCUGAACGGAUGCGACGGAUACGGCGCUUGUUGGGCACAGUGCUUUCACCGAGAGCACCGGAAGUCGGCGUACGGGUGGGUUCGAGAAGAAGGAUUUUCGUAUUGUCCGGAUUCGUUCUGCGGGUCUAAAAAAUGCGAGUUGGUGCCGUGUCCUGAGUGCCACCAAAAGGCGCCGUACAUAAUGAUGGACUGUCACGGCGGCCACUGCAGCGCGCACUGCAAUAUGGAAGCCAUGGCCCGUCGACGCCGCGGGUAA